GUAUACAAAGCAUGAGAGGGGAAACAUACCGCUCCAAAGAGACAAUUCAGAUUAAAACCAACAAAAGUCAAGAGUGCGCCGUUUAUUUCUUGAGGUAGGCGGGCUCGGUCUCGGCGAUGAAGAUCUCCAUCUCCCGCUUGCGGCGCUCGCGCGGGGUCUCAUCGGUGCGGCGCACCAGGCGGAGGGGAGACGGGGGACCGUCCUUGCGGCGACGCAGGCUGGAGAGGGCGUUCAGGCUGGGAGGCCCGGCGACGACCAGCGAGGGGAGGACCACGAGGGCGGCGACGAGGGUGUUUCCGAUCUGCAUUUUUGCGGUGGUUUGUUGGUUGAGAUGGAGAGAAGGUGGUGUAUAGUGUGUGGUGAGAAUUGGGUGAGUGAUGGUAGUA